UGUCGCAUCUAAAAAGCUCCAAGGUUCACCUGGGUGGAAGGCCUUUUCACUGCUACUCACAUGGCUUUCUGAAUAGCUUAUAAUGCAGUGGAAUAUAUCUUUGCUUUGCUGUGUAGUGUGGUUGAUUUUGCUUUGCUUUGCUCCGGUUUGUCCCUCUGCUGAGAAACAUUCAAAGUGUAAGCAUCGGCAUGACAGAUACACUCAGAUCCAUCAGAAGACACACAGCACAAAAAGGUUAUGUGAUCCUUCCUUCAGCAACCAGACAGCAGGUGCUAUCACUCAGCUCUCUGUGUCUGUACAGAAGUGCAGCUCUGGCUUCUACAGAGAGCAGGCCGGACCAUACAGGGGUCAGUGUGUGCCAUGUAGCUGCAAUGGACUCUCUAAUGAGUGUGAUGAGCAUACAGGGAACUGUGUGAACUGUCAGUUCAACACCACCGGGGACCGCUGUGAGCGGUGUGAAGAGGGUUACUAUGGAAACGCAGCCAACAGGACCUGCCGUGCCUGUCCAUGCCCGUUUACAUGGAAUAAUUUUGCGUUGGCCUGUCUGGACAUCGGCUCAGGAGUGGUUGAAUGCUUGUGUAAACGCAAUUACAGUGGAUCCAGAUGUGAGAGAUGUGCAUUUGGUUUCUACGGCAAUCCAAUGAUGCAUGGAGGCAGCUGCAAGCCCUGCAAUUGUAAAGACGGCACCUCGAAUAUUUGUGAUUCUCUGACUGGAGAGUGCAUCACAUCUGGUGACAGCAGCUGUGGUGAUGACUGCCAUGAAUGUGACGGCUGCGCUGUCACCUUACUGGUGGACUUGGAAAGGAUGGAUGAUGCUCUGGCUCAGCUGAAGCAGCAGCUGCAGAGCGUCACUAAUGGCGCUGGUUCACUCUCCAGGCUGAACCACCUGGAGGCUAACAUCUCUGAAAGCAAGAUUCUGUUUGGCAGGUACAACACUGCUGUGAGACGCCUGGAUCCAAAGGUUGAACAGCUGGAAGCACAUGUGGAUGUUGUCGGAGAUGGCUGGAGUCAACUGAUUGACGAGACACUUGCAACUGUAUCAGAUUUGGAGACGAUCUUGCAGAAUGUGAAUGGAACAAAGUUAAAGGCAGAGGAUCUCCUCUCUGAAACUGAAGCUCUCAUCACAGCAAUACAAGAUUUGAUAAAGCAGCUAACUGAGGUGAAACCUGGAGAGUCAGUCACUACUCUGUCUGAAAACAACAAAGCCAGAGGGAUGGACGAGGCUCAGCGCAUCGUGCAGGAAAUGAGAGAGAGAGGCUGCACUGCUCAGAGAGACAACACUGGCAGAGAGCAGGAGGAGGCACACAAAUUGUUGGACAUUAUCAGGAACAACAUGGCAGUUGCUGUCGAAACCAACCAGGCUGUAUUAAAUCAGACUGCAGACUCUCUGAUGGCCUCAGACUCUUCUCUGAGGGAAGUGGCUGAGCUGCCAGACGCAGAGGAUAGAGUCAACAGGACACAGGGCCUAUACCUGAAGAGUCGUACUAUGCUACAACAUCUGGAGCACCUUCACACUCAGCUGGAGAGAGAACAAAGUGCGCUCCUUCCUGUGACUGAAAUGACUAAAGAUCUGCUAAAGAAUAUUACCAACAUCUGUUUAAUGCUUGAGGAAGUUAAAAAAGAAUUCGAGAAUCCUGCAGCUCAGCUGGAUUAUGCCAAGCUGGAAUUUAUUAAGUUAAACAACAUCUUCCAAAUCGUGGCAAAGGUGGAUAUCGUAACCAAGGCCGAGGAGCAUGCAGAGGAGCUCGACAGAGUGGCAGCAGAAUUUCAACAAGUGCUUCAUAAUGCUACCAACAGUACUGAACUGCUCAGUGUCCUGGGUAUAGGAGCUUAUUACAGCAUCAUAAAUGGCAUAGAAAAGGCAGAGAUGGCAGCAAAUCAGUCCAGAGUAGCUGCUGAUCAGGCUUUAAUGGAUGUGGAGGAGAGAGGCCUGGUCAACAGGGCUGAAGGACUCAAAGAUAAUUUGACUUGUUUAUGGACAGACGGCAACAAGACGCAGAGUGACCUUGAAAUGCUGUCACAUACAGUGAACACCCACAAAGAUCGUGUGAAUAAGCAAAAGGCAAAAGGAGAAUCACUGAGAAUGGGCAUCUCAACCGUCAGCGAUGACAUCAAAAAGAUCAAAAGAGAUGACACAGAAGUCCUGAUAGAGUCUGCAAAAACAGCUGCCUCAGCGUCUAACUCCACAGUCAGUGACAUAACAGAGAGACUGAGGAAUAUCAGCCAGGAAGUGGAGAGGAUAACUUUAACCAAUGUCAGUGUGAACAUAGAUGAUAUGUUGACUGAUGCAGACCAGGCAUUGGAGAACUUGAACACAUCCCUACCUGCAUUGAAAGACAAAAUCACACAAGUUGAGGCUCUCAGUGGGAACGCGCUGCCUUGUGCCAACAUGACAGAAAGCAUCAGGAGAAUCAAGGAUGUGAUAGAGGAGACAAGAAACUUUGUCAAUAGGCUUUCAAUUGCCACCACUUUCAACGGAAAGAGUCACGUUGAGCUUCAUCCUCCGAGAAACCUCGAAGACAUAAAAGCAUUUACAGCUGUCGAUUUGCUUCUCAAUCGCUUCCAAAACAGUCCCUCCAAAGCUGACUACAGACGAAUGCGACGGCAGGACAAACACAAAGAUGACAGCUUCUUUGUUCUCUACCUGGGCGACAAGGAGGCUUCUGGAGACUACAUUGGGAUGGCUAUCAGAAGCAAUGUGUUGAUUUGUGUCUACAAGUUGGGUGGAGUUGUCCACGAGGUGGAAACCAGCCAAAUAACAACAACUACCAAUUUGAACUCCUCAGACUUUGACAGGGUUAUCUUCCAUAGGUACUCCAUACAGAAGUUAAGAAAAGUUUACCAAGAUGCUGAAGUCAACAUCACGCAGAACUUCACAUCACAGAAGCCCGUCAGCCUCUCUCCUAAACGUAACCUUCCAAACACGAUGACCGGCAUCCUCGAGCUAGACCCAAACAAUGUUGUUUUCUACGUGGGUGGUUAUCCCGAGGACUUCACGCCUCCAGUGGAGCUGCAUUACCCCAAGUACAGAGGAGUAAUGAAACUCUCUUACAUAAAUGACAAUCCUGUUUGUCUGUUCAACUACAAACGUGCAGUCAACAUGGAUGCAAAGCAGUCGACUGUGAAGAUUCCCCAGUCAGAGGUGUCUGAUUAUUAUGAGGGAACAGGUUACCGCAUGGCGUUUAUAAAGGAGCCGGACAAGAUAAAGAGAAGACUGUUCAAAUUUCACAUAAACAGCCGGGAGACAAACGCCUUGCUAUUCUACAUUGGAAAUAAAGAGUCUUUUUUCUGUGUGUUUGUGGAGAGAGGCAUCCUGGUGCUUCAAGCAGAGGAAGCAGGUCGAGAGCUCAGAGUUCAGAGUGCUGAAAAAGUCUCUCUAUUUGACAAACACUUUGCAAUCGCUAUUGCAGACACGUUUAUUGUGCACUAUGGACCAAAGCAGAUCUCCACAGAUCACAAUCAAACAAACUACAUGAGGUAUUACAUCGGGGGUCUACCAGCACAGCUCAGACAGAGACACAACAUCACAGCUCCACCGCUGAGAGGAUGUGUGGAUCACCUGACAGUAGACGCUGAGAUCGUUAAGUACAACAGGACGAUUGGUGUCAGCGAUGGAUGUCCAGUCUCAUUACUGGGCGUUCGUUCAGCUACGUUGGAUUCAGCUCUGUCUGUUGAUUCCCUGCUUGUCGGGGGUGAACAGACACUCAGAGUGUGUCUGGGCUUCAGGAGCACAGACAGACACGGUACUCUUAUCAGGAGCAGCUCUCAGGGCUCCACCUCUGUCCAUGACCUCCAGCUGUCCCUGGCCGAUGGCUAUGCAGUAUUUAAUAGUGAUAAUUAUACCUUGACAUCAGAUAAAAGGUAUAGUGAUGGAAGCUGGCACUACUUGUCUGCAGUAAGGAGGCCAACAGGGUUGGAGCUCAGCAUUGAUAAUGUAAAAGUGAUUCAGGGACUGUCACCCCAUAUCAGGCCAGUGGAUCGAAAUUUGCAAGGAGGGAAAUUCACAGGCUGCAUCACCAACCUUUAUACAAGCAGGUCUGAGCAGAGCUUUAUACCUGCUGAUCUAAGCUCAUUUUCACUAACGGGAGAUGCAGUCUUUGGCCUUUGCAGUCUCCCACCACACACCAAGCUUUUACCAGGGCCCCAGAAACACACACCUGCUCCAGCAGGCAGCCAAUGUAGACACUGGCGAGCACACCGUGGUGAAUACCAGCUCUCUGAGGGACACAGCUGGCUCAGUUACACCCUGCCACAACAGGACCUUAAUCACAGGCCUCACUUCUCUCUUGACAUCAAGACCAAGUCGUCCAAAGGGCUGAUCCUCCAUGUAGCAGGGAGAGGAGUCGUCCCCCUGCUGGCUCUCUACAUGGCCAAUGGCAAGAUCAAGAUGUCACUUGGGGAAAACAGAAUCAUCCAGCACAAGCAGAAGAGCAACGACGGGAACUGGCACAGAGUUGAGUUCAGCGUGGAGAAAAGCACUUUUCAUCUGCUGGUUGAUGGGAUCCGUGUGACUGAUGGACAUCUGCCUAACAAUGAGGGAUCAUCUUUAGACCUGCACAACCCUGCGUAUCUGGGAGGUGAUCUGAUAAGCAAAACCACAAAAGGACACAACGUCCCCAUGAACAGUGUUAUUGGUUGUAUACGAAAUUUCAAAAUGAAUGAGGAAGUUAUUGGGGAACCUGAGGCAAGCCACAAAACUUUACCCUGCUUCCAUGGGCUCACAGAGAUGGGGACAUACUUUGGUGGCGGUCACGUCAUCUUAGAUAAUUAUUUCACCGUUGGCUCCCAGUUUGUGUUGGCCUUUGAGUUGCUUCCUCAACACCUGACAGGUCUUCUCUUCCAUGUUCGAAGUCACAAGACCAGCCUUAACGUGUUCUUAAUGGAAAACAAGGUGGGUGUCAAAGUGAAUGAUGGUAGCGGUGCUGUCAGUGUCUCAGUGACUCCUCGUGAAAGCCUCUGUGAUGGAAAAUUUCACGUGGUCACAGUGUCCAAACAACAUGAAGUUAUCAAACUAGUGGUGGACUCCAUGUCUGAGCAGAAAGCCGUCCCCUUCGCAUCCACCUCGUACUCAACAACACUGGAUACACUUUACAUUGGAGGGACAACAAAGCAAAACCGGGUCCCCGUGUCCUCACCAUUUGUGGGCUGCCUGCGAAAUGUGAUUCUUAAUGGAAGGCCUGUUGCAUUUGAGACAGCAUCAAGGAUGGUUGGCCCUGUGAGCAUCAAUAGAUGCCCUGCAUACUAAGGACAUGUAAUUAAUGGGUGACACACCAACUUCUUUAACCCCACAGACCCUUUGGCAUCAUUACAAAGUCAUAUUGUGCAGACAGGCUUUGUUAAAAACCCACAGAGCUUAAUUUGAAAUUCUGUUUGCUAACCCCAGCCCCCCUUAGGUACUGUUGCUAUGCCUGUCAAGCUUUCCAUUUCGCACAUAUGCAGUUUACACUGAUAAUGGGGACAGAUUUACCACUCAAAGUAACUAAGCCUUAGUCAAGCUAAACGGACGGGUCCUGAUUUCAGACAGAGGUUGACAAAAACAGGCUUCUCAUUUCUAGCCGGCGACCGUUGAAUUUGUGAGCUGAAAUGACAUCUAUCGCUAGCAGAUUUAAUCAAGAGUAGCUAGCCAGCUAAUUAAGCUAAUCCUUCAUGAGUUGGUUGAAAACACUGUCUUCGGUUGACUUUUUAAUAUUUCAAGAUGACUCGUUUUAAAAUGACAAUCUUGUAAAGGGAUCUUAAAUAUGCACUUGAUGGCCACAUACAUGAUAUCAUUUUAAAGGACUGAGGCUAGAGCUACACAUUCCAGUAAAAAAGUCAGCAUCCUCACCAGUUGAUGAAGAAAACACAGAAAUAAAAAAACUGAAUUGUUCUUGUAUUGCUGCAUAGAGCUAGUUAGUCCUAGUAUUAUACUGUAGGUAUGAUAAGGAACAAUGUAAGAUCAGACUGUUAUUUCAUUUUAACAUGACCCAGGUCAGCUGGUUAGCUUACAUACUUUGCUACUAACACUGUCCAUAGUAAAAAUGAAUUGAAAAAAAUCAUAGUACAGACAGUAAAUAAGAUUUUUGAUCAAUGUGUUAAUAAUGUACAUAUCAUACUGGAUGCCACUAAAAACAUAUUUUAGCCUAAGGCAGAAUUUUUAUUUUGCAGUUGUCUGAUAAAUUUUUAAUUUUUAAUUUAACUGGGAUCUGUGGGUUCUUAAAAAUAAAUCCACUUUAACAUCAUGAGUGUCGCAUUUGGAUAUUAUUUAAUCUCACAUGAUGUGUUUCAUUCUGCAAUGUUUUUGCAGAAAACAACAUGAAAAUAAAGUUUUCUGUGAUCAACGACAUAAAUGACAGUACUCUGGUAAUCUAGACAAAACAUAGUGUGCACCCCCAUCUACUGCUAAGGCACCUUGAAAGAAAUUCUAAAAUAUAUGCAAAAAUGAUUUGACCCAGGUCUCACAAAAAAACACUUUCAAAGCUGCCGUAAUUACUUAUUCAAGGCUGCCUAUCAUGUAUCAUUUCCUCCUACCAAUGUGUCUGGCACACAUUGAACAGGAGUACAACACUAUGUUUAUUUUUCUUUUCAGGUAGGUUUAUUUUUGCUUCCACCUUUAUUCAUACCAAACAACAAGGCUCUUGUCUUUUAGAGACACGGUAGCCUUCAGUAUGUUCUUAACCACACCACAUAGUGCCACCAAACCAAGUUAUAUGACUUCACAGACUCUGUAAUGUUGUACACAGCCCUUUGUUUCAAUUUUAAUGGUGAAAAAACUAAAAUUAAUUUUCAGUUGUUCCAUAACAAAAGACACAGCAUAUCAGAUAUUAUGGGCUAAGGAUGAUAAGUCAUGUGAUACAUAACUUCUAAAAAGCUUAGACAGAUGUUUAAAAGCUAUAUAUAGAAUCCAAAUGUUGCCAGUUUUUGUUUCAUUAAUUAUGAUGGGCCUUGAUGCAUACAUGCUGUAUUUCCUUGGAAUUACUCCACACAAAGUAAAAAAAAAAAUUUAUUUAAAUAUCAGUAACUUUCAGGUCAUGUGACCUUUUCGAUCUUUCGCAGAUCUUUUGGUGGGUUGUAUGAUACAUGGAUUCAAAAUUUCCAAAAAAUUAUUUUUAAAACACCAUAUAAACAUAUAACAUAAAGGUAUUGUGGCUUUCGACCCCCAAGUAACUUUGUUUUAUGAGCACAAUAUUAAGCACAAUAUUAGAUGGAGAGCUGCAGUUACUCUUCACUGCUAUAACACAGCAACACACUGCAUACACAAGCACACACAUCUACCCCACACUGUCAUCCUUAUGGCCCCUGUUAUUCUACUUUUGACCAUGAGAUGGAGUGCCUAACCUGAUGUAAUGUGUUCAGUUAGUUCCACUCUGCUCUCAGAGAAGUUCUCGCCGUAUGUGGUGGUGAAGGUGGCUCGUAUCUCUGGUAUGGCUACAAUGCUGCCUUUAUGUGUCAGCUGACAGUUUCCCUGUAUAAAUUACAGUCACCUCUCCCUCAUCUUUCCCUCAUCAGUCAUAUCAGUACCUCAUCAAAAAGCAGCACACCAUUUGUGAUGUGUGUUAUCUCCGCUUGCUCUAAUGUCAUCACACAGUUCACACAAAUGCCUAGCAGGUGAGUUGGAGACUAUGGAAAGCCAUUUGCACAGGUAAUGUCUUAGAGAUUUCUUGUUUAGACUACAUUAAAAUGCAUUUUGUAGUAUUAACAUGAAAUAUUUCUACACGUUAACACCACAAAAAUGUACGCCUUAACGUGGCUUUUCUGAUUGUGGCCAAUAAGUUACCCAGGUUCCUGUAUGUAUGUAAGUGUGUAGACGCCCACAUCAGUAAUCAAUGCACAACGUGCUCCCUUGCGUUGUUGUUUGACAUCAUUAAUGCCCCCCUCCUCAUGAAUAUGUACGAGCGCCGUCAUUCAGGAUCCCUCAUUGGCCACAACCAGAAAAGCCACAUUAAGGCAUCAGUUUUUGUUGUGUUAACGUGUAGAAAUAUUUCGUGUUAAUACUACAAAACCCCACGUGUUAUCAU